GUCUCUGGGCUCAGAACUUAGCCUCCGCCGCCGGGGGCGGGGUAACGCCGGACUCCCGGAGUGCCGUAUUACGCACUUCCUCUUGGGGGGUUCGGAGGCCGAACCCUUGUGUAGGGGGUUCGAGUCCCGCCCCCUGACUCUCCGCUCUAGACCCUGAGUCUGGGGCGGGGUACGGUCGGCCGGGUUCGCCUCUCCUCGCCGAGGGGCAACAGCACGCCUCGGGCCUCGCCAUGGAGACCUACCUGCUGGACUGUCGAGCCGCUGUGCAGGAGCCCAGGCCUCUCCAUGUUGUGCUGGGAAACGAAGCCUGUGACCUAGACUCCAUGGUGUCAGCUCUUGCCCUGGCUUUUUACCUUACAAAGACAUCUGAAACAGAAGAACUCUUCAUACCAGUUUUAAACAUAAAGCGUGCUGAGCUUCCUCUUCGAGGGGACAAUGUCUUCUUCCUCCAGGAGGUUCAGAUCCCAGAGUCUGCGCUGAUUUUCCGGGAUGAGAUUGACCUCCAUGCAUUGCACCAGGCCGGCCACCUCACCCUAACCCUUGUGGACCAUCACGUCUUACCCAGAAGUGAUGCAGCUCUGGAGGAGGCAGUAGCAGAGGUGCUGGACCACCGACCAAUUGAGCAGAAAUACUGUCCUCCCUGUCACGUUUCAGUUGAGCUGGUGGGGUCCUGCGCUACCCUGGUGGCGGAGAGAAUCCUUCAGGGGGCGCCAGAGAUCUUGGACAGACAAACUGCAGCCCUGCUGCACGGAACCAUCAUCCUGGACUGUGUCAACAUGGACGUCAAAAUUGGAAAAGCCACCCCAAAGGACAGUGAAUAUGUGGGGAGACUGGAGGCCCUCUUCCCAGACCUCCCCAAAAGACAGGACAUCUUUGACUCUCUGCAAAAGGCCAAGUUUGAUGUCUCAGGACUGAGCACUGAGCAGAUGCUCAGGAAGGACCAGAAGACCAUUGACAGGCAGGGCACCCAGGUGGCCGUCAGCGCGCUGUACAUGGCUCUGGAGGCCUUUCUGCAGCGGUCAGACCUCCUCGCAGACCUCAGCGCUUUCUGCCACGAUCACAGCUAUGAUGCUCUGGUUGCCAUGACUAUCUUUUUCAACGCUCACAAUGAGCCAGUACGGCAAUUAGCUGUUUUCUGUCCCCACACAGCACUUCGGAUGACAAUCUGUGGCGUCCUGGAACAGUCCACCUCCCCACCCCUGAAGCUGACCCCCAUACCAACCAUCUCUCCUAACCUCCAAGCCUAUCUCCAAGGCAACACCCAGGUCUCUCGAAAGAAGCUCCUGCCUGUGCUCCAGGAAGCCCUGUCUGCACAUUUUGACUUGAAGACGGCUUCAGGGCGGUCUGAGGUGGCGGGUGUGUCCAGGGCGCAGGAAGACAAGGACUUGGACAGGGCGGGAAACGCCUUGGUUUCCGGACUGAGUCAAGAUGAAGAAGACCCUCCGCUGCCGCCCACGCCCAUGAACAGCUUAGUGGAUGAGUGCCCUCUGGAUCUGGGGCUGCCUAAGCUCUCUGCCGAGGCUGUCUUUGAGAAGUGCAGUCAGAUCUCACUGUCCCAGUCCACCAGAGCCUGCCCGUCAAAGAAGUGAGCGUCCAGAGCAGGGUGGGGAAGUGUGGAGGAGGUGGCCGGCCUGCCUCAUGUGCAUGUCUUGAGAUGUGUGGCCAUGGCAGCAACUGUGUCCGUCGCUCCAGGGUCUGCUGUACCGUUCUCAUAAAACUGGGAGGAAACGGAAAGCAGCUGCUGUAAGAAUGGCUUUCUGCCUCCCCUCUCCCGUCUCGACCAGACAAGUUUUAUUUAAUUGUAUUAAUUUAAUCUGCACUGAUUUUCCUCUAUUCUAUUUGAGAUGGGUACUGUGUGACACCAUCACUGUCCUAGCCGAGCAGGACUGAAGGAUUGCAGACCCUCAGUGUCUUCAGAUGGCCUGAGAGUGGAGCCAGUACCCGUUAAGAA